UGUGGCGCCCCCGGUGGCCAUUGCGCUGCAGCGUCACCCCUGUGGAAGCAGCAGAGUGGUAUGUUCCACCGUCACGUCACCCCUGUGGAAGCAGCAGAGUGGUAUGUUCCACCCGUCACGUCACCCCUGUGGAAGCAGCAGAGUGGUAUGUUCCACCCGUCACGUCACCCCUGUGGAAGCAGCAGAGUGGUAUGUUCCACCCGUCACGUCAACAUGGAGGCUCUGCAAACAUUUGAAACAACAUGGAAGUCGACAUCUGAUCAAUGUUUGCAGAUGGAACCCAGACACGUGACACGGAUUCACCAAGAGGUUAGUUCUCUCCCUGCACCUGUUUCUGCCGACGUAAGGCAAAGACAACACGCGGACUUGAACGUGGUGACGGUGACCGCAGGAUGGAGUCAGGCAGAUGCUGUGAGAGGAUCCAGACGUUGCUUCUCACAACAGUGGACUCUCAUCCUGGACUCUGAAGACCGGAAGACCAUCAGGACAGUCCUCCCACCUGGACCGCGUGGACCACAGUCUGCAGAAGUGCUGAGUGGGGCGUCCCCUAGUGGUGCAGUGAGGGCGCUCGUUGCAGACACAGGUGGUCAGCAGCUGAUGGAGAUCUGGGACCAUCAUGGACUCAGGAAGUGUCUCAACUUGAACGCCCUCAACAAACAUGGCGCCGUCUACGAUGACAGUCAGUUUGGAGUUCUGUCCUGGUCUCAGUGUGAGAGCAAGAUUCUCUAUGUGGCCGAGAAGCUGAGGACAACAAAUGUUGAUGAUGAGUCUGCAUGGGGGACGGACCGGAGUGUGUACCUUGAAGACUGGGGCGAGGCUCUGACCACCAGGAGCACGCCCGUCAUGUGUGUGCUGCACCUGCACAGUGGAGCGCUGGAUGUGUUGCAGGGCGUCCCCGCCGACGUCUCACCUGGACAGGCUUGCUGGGCCCCAGGAGGCCAGUGUGUGUUUUUUGUGGGCUGGUACCAUGAACCCUUCAGACUGGGACUGAAGUUCUGCUCCAAUCGCAGGUCAGCAUUGUUCCAGCUCAGCAUGGACGGCAACUGUGAGCGUUUGACGGGGGACCACCAGUCCGUGUCCUGUCCCAGACUGAGUCCAGACGGGUCCACGCUGGUCUACUUGCAGGGUCAGGUUUUUGGAGCGCACCAUCAGUGCCUGAGUCUGCAGCAGCUGGACUUGGCCAGCAGGAAGUGGUCCACACUGGUAGAUGUCAUGGAUCGGCCACCACCUGGUGGGUUUGCUGGUAUUUAUGAAGCUCUGUCGUCCUGCUGUUGGUCUGCUGACAGUCACAUAGUCGUCUUCAGUAGUGCCUGUCACAACCGGAAGGCUUUUCUCCUGCCAUCAUUGUCAGGACGUCUUCAUGGUGGACAGAAAAACCAAGAAGGCCUCUCUGGCGACUCCCACCUCUACGGCAGCUGGAAACUAUUGACCGUUCAGGGAGACCUGAUGGUGGUCUGCUGCUCCAGCCCCAACACACCCCCCGCUCUGCUGCUAGGUUUCCUCCCUUCAUCAGCUGAGCGUGAGGUGUCCUGGUGCCCCCUUCAGGAGCCCAUCACCACUUUUGACUUCCAGUGGAGGAUUCUAGAAGUGGAACCUCCGGCAGAAGAGUGCAACUCAAACUACCCUGACUUGAAGUUCGGAGCGGUCCUCGUCAAACCACACGGAAGUCCCCUCCGCGGCGCCAAGACCCCACUUGUGGUCUUCAUCCAUGGUGGCCCACACUCACAGUUUGCAGCGGAGUGGAACGUCACCACGGCUGGCCUGGUCUCGCUGGGCUUUGCUGUGCUGAUGGUCAACUACCGCGGCUCCACGGGCUUUGGCCAGGACAGUAUUUUGUCCCUCGUUGGACACAUUGGACAACAAGACGUCAAAGAUGUACAGAGGGCCGUGCUCACCGCGCUGCACAGCGACGGGACCCUGGACGGCGAGCGUGUGGCCGCCAUGGGAGGUUCCCACGGAGGCUUCCUGUCGUGCCACCUGGUGGCGCAGUACCCGGACUUCUACCGAGCGUGUGCGGCCAGGAACCCCGUCAUCAACGCCGCCACCUUGCUGGGCACCAGCGAUAUCGUAGACUGGCGCUACACCAGCGUGGGCUUGCAGUACUCCUACCAGCACACGCCCACUGCUGAGGCGCUGGCGGCCAUGUUGGAGAGGUCCCCCAUCGUGCACGCUGCGCAGAUCAAGGCGCCUGUGCUCCUCAUGCUGGGCGCCAGAGACCGGCGAGUGUCUCCUCACCAAGGACUGGAGCUCUACAAGGCGCUCAAGAGCAGAGCGUCGCCUGUCAGGUUGUUAUGGUUUGCAGAGGAGGGACACGCUUUGUCCAGAGUGGACACUCAGGCUCAGUGCUUCCUCAACGUGGUGCUGUGGCUGCACCAACACCUUUAAACAACCUCGGUAAUUUUGUAAUACUACUUGUCUUCAUCCUCAAUCAAAGCCUGCAUUCUAUUGUUGAUGCCAGGGAAACAUCUCCAGCAGGGGGCAGCCUCCAUCUAGCAUAGCAGUUUUCACACUUAAAACCAUGAAUUGUUUAUAUUUCAUACUCACUAGAUAACUGCUGUGUUUGUACUUACUGGCGACACAAUACACACCAAAUACAAUCAUCAAAUUGAUAGAAUAAAGUUUUUAAAACGUUA